AUGAGCCCCUUCAGCCCUGAACCAAAGUUUUCAAUCCCAGAGAAGUACCAGAAUCUGCUGGAGGUGGUCGAUGUCGUCGAUAAUCGCGUAGAAGGCGAAGUCUUGCAGCAACUCAACCAACAUGUCCCCGUCACCUCGGAGAAGAACAUCUGGGCAUUUUGGGACUCAGGUCUCAUGAAUACGCCUCUUUGGGCUCGGCGAAACGUGGUAGACUGGGUGCGCAUCUGUGGGCCGGAGUGGACGAUUCGAGUGCUGGACAACGUACCAGAGUCGCCAAACUACGUUCUCAAGUACCUUCCCAGCAGCCUCUUCCCCAUGGCCUUUGUGAACCGUGAGAUGAAUGGUCCCUGGGCGGGGCAACACAGCGCCGACUUCAUCCGCGGCGCCGCCCUAUACACAUACGGGGGCGUGUGCAUGGAUGUCGGUAGCAUCCUGGUCCGCCACAUCAACCGCAUCUGCUGGGAUGAACUCGUCAACCCCGAUACUCCCUACCAGAUUGCUCUACCACUCAUCUACGACCAGGUGUGGGCAAACCACUUCAUCGCCGCUCGGAAGGGCGAUCCGUUCAUCAAGCUCUGGCACGACCUCAUCAUCCACAUCUGGACCGGGCGCAAGGAAUCGUCUGGCAUGCUUAGCCAUCCUCUGCUCGAGUUCGCCAAGGAUGAGACUUUCGAAAUGAUCGACAAUGCAAACCUCACCUGGGACUGGAAAGUGCCGCCUCAGACGGCCAUGGAGUACAUCUGGCAGGUGUUGGCUUGGGUCCGACUAUGCCUUACAGAUGACGCCGGCGACGGCUUCUCGGGUGUGGACUACUGGUGCGACCGUGUCCUCGUUUUCGACACCGUCUGCGAGGACUGGCCCGGCGAGAUGAUUCUGGGCUUCGCUGGCAGCGGCCAGAAGCUUCUGGACAUACUUUCCCUCCCUGUCGAUGGCGACAAGGAAUCCAAGGAGCACCAGCUGGCCGAAGAGGUUGUGUGGACUAUACUAUCGAGUGCCAGCUUGCAGAAGGUCACCCGAGCAAAGGGCCUAACCCACUCACCACACUUGGGCACGCUCUGGGAUCUUCCCGAGAACGCUGGUAAGGACCGCGCUCCAGGCACCUUUGCUGAGCUCCUUCGUUACGGUAGUAUUCACUUUCGCCAGACGCGAGGGAGCAUCAUUACCUUGGAGCCGCCGAGACCGACUGCGGAGAACAUGCUCAACAAAGGCUUAUACGAGGCCUGA